ACUGCAGAUCCAAGAGCUUUCUUUAUUGUGAAGUCUACACGGUUUUUCUUCUCUUUCUUCUCUUUAUUUAAUCCUCAUUGGGAAUAAACGGACCUGGUCUAAGUUCCUGUCAGCAGCAGCAGCAACAGAAUCUCCUUCUCCCUCAGCCGCGAUGAAAAUAGCAUCUUUUAACAUCCAGAAGUUUGGAAAAAACAAAGUGUCAGACCCAGAUGUCCUCAAUAUCCUGACUAAGAUCGUGUCCCGGUAUGACAUCAUUGUGAUCCUGGAAGUGGUGGACGUCAGCGGAGCGUCCGUAAAAAUCUUCCUGGACGCACUCAACAAAACCAACAGGAAGCAUCACUACACCUUGAAGAUCAGCACCCGUCUGGGCCGAACGCGCUACAAGGAGCAGUUCAUGUUCCUGUACAGGGAUGACAUGGUCGACUUGGUGGGCUCCUAUCAGUUUGAUGAUGAGUUGACUGAGGGGCAAGAUGUUUUCGCUAGAGAUCCCUACAUCCUGCGAUUCAGGUGCCUCAAUACAGUGCUGAAGGAUUUAGUGAUGAUCCCAGUCCACACCAAACCAGAAGACUCGGAGAAGGAGCUGGACGAGCUCUACGAUGUCUUCCUGCACGUCAAGAAGAAGUGGAAGACUGACAACAUGAUGAUCCUGGGAGACUUUAAUGCCGACGGCUCGUACGUCUCCAAGAGUGAGAUGAGGGAGAUCCGUAUCCGCAGCAACAAGAACUUCCACUGGCUGAUUGGAGACGAUGUUGACACCACGGCCAGCACAGGAAACAACCACUCAUACGACAGGAUAGUGAUCUACGGAGACGACAUGCUCCAGGCGGUCGUUCCAAACUCUGCCAAACCGUUCAACUUCCAGAAGGCGUAUGGACUCAGUGAGGAGCAGGCGCUGAAAGUGAGUGACCAUUAUCCAGUGGAGGUGGAGCUGAAGUCCAUAACUAAGACAGCAGAUGAAGAAGAUGGUCAGGAAAAGCAGCAGCUGGUUCAGUCUGUAUCACCGGGCCUCGUGGCCAUGGAUGAGGAUCUGCUGGAGCUGAAGAGAGGAAACCUGCUGCUGGAGAGGGAGAAGCUGAGUCUGGAGAUCCAGAUCCUUCGGCAGAAGAUGGCCAAAAUGAACCGUGGAAAUGAUGCUUAACUCAGGAAGCCAGAUCCGUCCAAAACAACCAACAAAACAAUUAACUUCUGCCUUUGCCUGUUACCUACAGAACCAGUCUGAGAAUUUAACCUGACUCUGAGACUCUGUCUGUGACAGUUUGUCACACCAGACACUGGCCGUUCACUGGACACUGCAGUUGGUCCGGAUUCACCGUGAUGUACUCAGGGCCCCAGCGUGGAUCGCAAUGCAAAGGUGAUUUUCUAGAUGACUGCUUAAAUCCCUUACCAAUACGAAGUGAGAGAAAUGAACACUUCUUAGUGUUUUGAUUUUUGACUGAAUGGAGGCAUCCUCUGUCUUGUUUCCUCCAUACCGCACACAAGUUAAAAUAAAA